CCUCGCGUCCCAUCCAAACACCCUACAAGCCGUGUAACCGUUGUAGGAACUCCACAAUUCCCAGUCACCAAUACAUUGCAUCACAUAUCAACAACCUUCCCCAUCUUCAAUAAAACACCUCCAAUCAUGGCGCCGCAAGAAGAAUCCAAGCUCGUCACCGCUACCGACGAGACCACAACAGCCCCUGAAGUCGCCGAGGUCGAAGCUUCCGGCGACGAAGAGGAUGUCGACGCAGCUGACGACGCCAAUCCCUCCGGCUCCGCCUCCGCUACGAAGAAGAAGAAGAAGAAGAAGAGCAAGGGAAAGAAGACAGUUUCUUCGGCUGUUGCUGCCGCUGCCGCCGAGACUCUGCCCAAGGAGGUCAUUGAUGAUAUCGUCAAGCAGAACCCUGCGUUGGCCAGUGAGCUACAGGGUCUCGACGAGAACCAGAUUAGCGAAUUGGUCAGGAAGAUGAAGCUUGAGGAGAUCUUGACGGGGAUGUCUUCGGGUGGAAAGAAUCGGAAGGAUAUGGCGAGCUAUAAAUUCUGGGCUACACAGCCAGUGUCGAGAUUCGAUGAACCGGAAGUAGAGCUACCGGACGGCCCCAUACGCCCGACGAACCCUGAGGUUGUUCCUACCGAAGGAGCAGCCCUUCUGGAGGGCUUCGAAUGGGUUACCGUGGAUCUCAUGGAUGACGCGCAGAUGACCGAAGUGUACGACCUCCUGACCGGCCACUAUGUCGAAGACCAGGAAGCUAUGUUCCGCUUCAACUACUCCAAGUCGUUCCUCGACUGGGCACUCAAGGCCCCCGGCUGGCUCAAGGAGUGGCAUGUCGGAGUCCGUGUCGUUACCACCGGGAAGCUCGUCGCCUUCAUUUCCGGAAUUCCCGUCAACGUCCGUGUCCGUGAAAACACCAUCAAGUGCUCCGAGAUCAACUUCCUCUGCAUCCACAAGAAACUCCGCUCGAAACGGUUGACGCCCGUCCUGAUUAAGGAGAUCACCCGUCGCUGCAAUGUCGAGAAGAUUUGGAACGCUAUUUACACGGGUGGAAUCGUCCUCCCCAAGCCCAUCAGCACCUGCAGAUACUACCACCGCAGCUUGGACUGGCUCAAGCUCCAUGAAGUCGGAUUCAGCCCGCUUCCUCCCAACAGCACCAAGGCCCGUCAGAUCACCCGCUACCACCUUGGAAACCAGACCAAGACCAAGGGACUCCGCGAGAUGAAGAUCGAGGAUAUUGACGCCGUGCAUGAGCUGCUCGCCCGAUAUCUCGCGCGCUUCGACAUGGCGCCCAUCUUUGACAAGGCGGAGAUCGAACACUGGUUCUUGAACGUGGAUGGACCUGGACGGGAGAGAGUCAUCUGGACGUACGUCGUUGAGGAUGCUGCCGGGAAGAUCACGGACAUGUUCUCGUUCUACUCGCUGGAGUCGUCCGUCAUCGGCAAUAAGAAGCACGAUACCAUCCGCGCCGCGUAUAUGUUCUACUAUGCCACGGAGUCUGCCUUCACCGGUAGCAGGAAGGACCUCAGAGUUCGAUUGAACGAGUUGGUCGCUGAUGCGCUGGUUCUCGCCAAGAAGUUCAACUUCGAUGUCUUCAACGGCCUCACUCUCAUGGACAAUGCCCUCUUCCUCCAGGAGCAGAAGUUCGGCGCCGGAGAUGGCCAGUUGCACUACUACCUUUUCAACUGGAGAACCGCACACAUCAACGGUGGUAUCGACAGCAAGAACCAGCCCGAUGAGAAGAAUGGAAGUGGAGUCGGAAUGGUCAUGUUGUAGAGUAAUCAAAGCUCAACCUUUGUUUCUGUUUUCUGUUUUCCUUUUUUCACAGUGUAAGGGCGGACCGUGGAUGGGCUGAUAGGACGUCGGGCAACCCAUUCAACAGUAGUGAUCUCUUCUUGUUCUACUUCUUGUUGUCAUUGGCGGUGUGUAUCUUUUCCUAUAUCAGUAUAAUACCAUUAAAUCCCGCGUCUCCCCAUUCCAUGCCUAUGCUAUGCUCGCCGUCUACGAAUGGCUGGUCGUGUAGGAUCCCAUGGUUCAUGCAUCUCACUGUGCUUCAUUCCUACCCAUCCAUAGCCAUCAGGGAGGGA